AUGGUGGUCCGGGCGUGCGUGGACGGAAAGGUGUGGACAGCCGCCGAGGUACAAGAGCUGCGCGAGACGCACCGCAUCGUAUGCGGCUCUGGCGGCGUCUGUCGCCACAACAGCAACAAGGCGUCUGAGCACCGACUACCCAUGCAGUUGACGCCGGCGCAGUUGUACGUUGGCCGUCUGCACGGCUUUCUCGAGCAAGACGAGCCGACGCCCGCGGUAGUCGACGAGCUGCCUACGGAGGCCAUAGCUUCGUGGUGGACACAUGCGUGGGACGUGUUCAAGGCCCUCUUUGUCCCGGCGCCAACGAUCGAUGCUCCCAAGACGCCUCAAGCAAAGCGAAGGAAACUCUCGGAUCAUGAUGCAAAGGACUGUGCUGUAGCCCUUGACGUACCGCUUCACCACCGCGUCUUUGCAGAUCUGUGGUCCCAAGGCUUUUACAUCACGUCCGGGUCCAAGUUUGGAGGCGACUUUCUCAUCUACAACGCGGACCCCGUGACGACGCAUGCGUCGGCCAUCAUUUUUGUUCUCGCAAGGGCCACGCUCUCGCCACAAGAUAUCGUUGGGUACGGCCGCCUCGCGCGUGCUGUCAAGAAGAACUGUGUCCUCGCGUACCUCAACCAGCGUCAGUGCCUCAGCUACAUGACGCUGACGCACACGUCCACGACGUCCCGCGCCGGCCGACCGCGCGGACCCCACGGUCAGCCAUAGACAUACUAGUACCGUUUUACAGCUCUUAACGCCCAUGGAUCCAUCAUGUUGUCAUUAAU